CUUGUUUGGCUCGGGCAUGUAUGUCAUUCAGAAGGUACAUUAGAUUUGCUGCUUCAACUCUUAAACAUUGAAAUCGCAUGAAAUGUAGGCCUAUAUCAUGCUCAAAAUUUAAAUAGCUAAUUUGCACUAGGUGGCUAUAACUUGGCUAUAAAUGUGUGGUUUCCGUCGGAUAUUUGCUAAAAUUAGCUGGUAGCUGGCCAUUUCGUUUGAAAAUCACUGAAAUGGGCAUGGGUACUCGCCAAAUCGGUCACAAUUUACAUACGAACCCAAAAACCUCGUCCUAAUACGCUGCACAUUAUUCAGGUAUUCAACACGACAACAAAAAAUCGUUUGAUACAGCGGGACACGCGCCAAUCAAUAUUAAACUCCCAAGCGGUGAGUGAAUGUGCGAUUUUCUGGCCAGUCAAUAGUUGCAAUGACGUUAUUUCCUGGGGGUGGCGGUGAGAGCAUGGUACUGCGGUCCUCCUCUGCUUUGCAACAGCGAGAGUCCGACAUGGAAACAAACACGAAGACGUGAGCGUGUUCUGGGAUUUUGCACUCUAUAAAUUUUACAAGCCCAAGCGCCAGCGGGUGCCGGUGAUUUGACUUUUUAGCUUGUGCACAAACAUCUACGCUAGUAAAUAUAUUUGAUAUUUGUUACAUUGCAGUAGUGUAGAUAGCUAGUUACCUCACGGACCAUGGCGGAGAGAAGUGGCCGGCUGAGCUUCCCCGGGAGCGGGGCACUCAAUAGACCCGUGCCGAUGAAUUUGUUCGCUACUUGGGAAAUAGACGGAUCGUCCCCGAGUUGCAUUCCCAGGUUGUGCAGCCUGACCCUGAAGAAGCUGGUGGUGAUGAGAGAGCUGGACAAGGAGCUGAUCUCUGUGGUCAUAGCUGUAAAGAUCCAGGGUUCUAAGAGGAUCCUCAGGUCUCAUGAGAUAGUGCUGCCACCUAGUGGCGUGGUGGAGACGGACCUGGCUCUCACCUUUUCACUCCAGUACCCCCACUUCCUGAAGCGCGAGGGCAACAAGCUGCAGAUCAUGCUGCAGAGGAGGAAGCGGUAUAAGAACAGGACCAUCCUGGGCUACAAGACCCUGGCGGUCGGCUCCAUCGACAUGGCUGAGGUGAUGCAGCACCCGACUGAGGGGGGGCAGGUGCUGCCUCUCUGCAGUAACCAGAAGGAAAUGCUGGGGAAGGUGGCAGAGAUCUGGAUCUUCUCCCUGUCCAGCCAGCCCAUCGACCACGAGGAGGCAGCGCUGCAGGGGGGGCAGAAGAUCAAGUGCACAGAUAACUACUCUGAGGAGGAGUACGAGAGCUUCUCCUCGGAGCAGGAGGCGAGCGACGACGCCGUCCAAGGCCAGGAUCUGGAGGAUGACGAGUAUGACGUCAGGAAGCCUAAGAAGCAGAGAAGGUCCAUAGUGAGGACCACGUCCAUCACCAGGCAGCAAAACUUUAAGCAGCGGGUGGUGGCCCUUUUGAAGAGGUUCAGAGUGUCUGAUGAGGUGCUGGACUCUGAGCAGGACCCUGCCGAGCCUCCCCCCGAGGUCGAGGAGGACCUGGAGAGUCUGGAUUUUGAGAACCCCAGCGACAGCGGCCCGGAGCUGGACGAUGACGACAGCGUCCUCAGCACCCCAAAACCCAAACUCAAGCCGUACUUCGAGGGCCUGUCUCUCUCCAGCUCCCAGACUGAAAUCGGCAGCAUCCACAGUGUCCGCAGCCAACGGGAGCCGCCCAGUCCAAUGGACCCUGACAAGGCCAAGAGCGGAGCAGCGAAGUUCCAGGCGGACGACGUGUCGGAUAACGUCUCAUACGAACACCCAGAGGCCAUCACCCCCACAACGGAGCUGGAGAUGGACAAUAUGGACACCUUCCUGGAGAAGCUGCCCCCUAGUGGCAAGAUGACCAAGACCGAGUCACUCAUCAUCCCGUCCAACAGGCAGGAGCCCAAGCUGGCGGGCCGGAGAGGAAGGAGCACUUCACUCAAAGAGCGGCAGCCCAGCAGGCCGCAGAACGAGAGGGCAAACAGCCUGGACAAUGAGCGUUCGCUCGACACGCGCUGCCACCUUCAGAUUCCAAGGAAAACGGUCUACGACCAGCUCAAUCACAUCCUGGUGUCGGAUGACCACCUCCCGGACAGCAUCAUCCUCAUCAACACAUCCGACUGGCAGGGACAGUACCUGUCCGACGUGCUUCAGAAUCACCAGCUCCCCGUCGUGUGCACCUGCACGACCGCGGACAUCCAGGCCGCGUUUAACACCAUCGUCUCGCGCAUCCAGCGAUUCUGUAACUGUAACUCCCAGACCCCCGUCCCCAUCAAGAUAGCGGUGGCGGGGGCGCAACACUACCUCAGCGCGGUGCUUCGCCUCUUCGUCGACCACCUCUCCCACAAAACGCCCGACUGGCUGGGCUACAUGCGCUUCCUGAUCAUCCCGCUGGGUUCCCACCCUGUCUCCAAGUACCUGGGCACCAUUGACUACCGGUACAACAGCCUGUUCCAGGACGCGGCCUGGAGAGACCUGUUCCACAAGCCGGAGGCUCCGGUAUUGGUUCAAGAGAGUCCAGACGUGGUUUCCCGGGUUACGCAGUACAUGGUGGGAGCCAAUGGGGCCCAUCAGCUGCCCAUUGCUGAGGCCAUGCUCACAUACAAGCAAAAGAGCCUUUACCGGCCCAUUCUACUGGUGCCUGAUGUUCGGCGUGAGCCCGUUCCUUUCCAGCGCACUAAAUCCAACCCCAUCAACAUCUCCUGCCCUGGUCCCAGAAGGUUACAGUCCAGGGACACUGAGAUCAGGCACUCCAGCCCCGACGAGGACUCCUGCCAAAAGUUCAUCCCUUUCAUUGGGGUGGUGAAAGUGGGCAUCGUGGAGCAGUCGUCCGCCACGUCAGGGGACUCUGAUGAUGCCGCCCCGAUAGGGACAGGCCUCCUCUCCUCCACCCCUCCACAGGUGUCCCCCGCCCUGAAAGAGGCUUCGCCGACUCCGCCCUCCUCCCCUUCUGUCAACACCAGCUUCAUCUCAUACAGUUCUCCCGGGGGCAGCCAGGGGGAGCUGAUGGGCCUGCAGGUGGACUACUGGGUGGCCCCGCUGGACCGGAAGCGGGACGUGGAGAAGCGGGACUCGUCCUCCAAGAACACGCUGAAGUGCACCUUCCGCUCCCUGCAGGUCAGCCGGCUGCCGCUGGCCGGGCCCGACUUCAGUGCCCAGCCCACCAUGUCCAUGACUGUGGUCACCAAGGAGAAGAACAAGAAGGUCAUGUUUCUGCCAAAGAAGACGAAGGACAAGGAGGUGGAGUCUAAAAGCCAGGUGAUCGAGGGAAUCAGCCGACUUAUCUGCACUGCCAAGCACCAGCAGACCAUGCUGAGAGUGCUCAUCGAUGGAGUGGAAUGGAACGACGUCAAGUUUUUCCAGCUGGCUGCCCAGUGGUCCUCUCACGUCAAGCACUUCCCCAUCGGCAUAUUCGGACACUCGAAAGGCCCCUACUAACACCCUCUGGGGGCCCUCAUCUGGAACUGUGGACAGCCCCCCACGUGCCAACAGCCUUGAGUCUCCCCUGGGCCCGCCUCCUGUGGUCCUUCGGCCCCUCCCCUUCUCAUAAUUUAAGAUCCCGCCUUCCCUAAUCCUGAGUUCCGUUUGUUUGUUUGUUUUUUUUGUUUUUUUUUUUUAAACAAGAUUUUGUAAGACUUCAAGGAGGUGGAGCUGUUCAGGGGAGAUUUUUUGUUUUGUUUGUUUCCUUCUUUGCUCGACCCCCCCCGUCCCCCUCCCCCUCCGCUGUGCUUUUUAAACACUUCCCUGCUGACUUUUUAUAGACUUUUUGAAAGAUGAAAAUGGAAAACCUAAUGAAAAUAAUCAUUUGAAAUGAUUGAAUUAACUCCUAACCUUGCAAGUGCUCAGGCUUUGUUUGGCUGCUCACUGUGUCCUCCUCCCGGUGGAUUUUAAGUUUCAAGCACUUGGCUCGUGUCAGUUAACGAGAUAACAAGCCCCUUUUCUUUAGAGCAUCUCCUAACCAAACAGAUUUUUAGGUUGCACUGACUCCAGCACAAACAAGGACACAGGCUCUCUGUCCUUUGAGUCUAAGUAUCUGGAAGAAUGGGCUGGAAUUUCCAGGUGGAAUGUUCCUGGCUCUCCCUAAUC